GCGCAAACGCAAGCAGCAGGCCCAGCAUCAGCAAUCUGCAGAGCCACCAGCAGCUUUGCCUGGGGCAGGUGAAGCUGCAGCAGCAGAGCCCAAAGAGACCGAGACAGGCCCUGCCAAGCGCCACAGGCUGGCUGCUCAGCCACUCAGCAGCCCCGCUGAUGAUGCCCAGAGGCCCAGGCCAUCGACCAGUGGGGGAGAGGAGGAGCGGCGGCAUCUGAUGGACUUGUAUCGUAGCAGCAUGAGGCAGGUGGCCACAGCCCAGCAAGUGGCGGCAGAGCAGCUGGCACGCUCAGGCAACGAGGCCGACCCGCACACACAGAUGCAUCUCUACACUCAAGCGCAGCUGAUGCAGCAGGUGGCAGAAGCGGUAGCAGCAGCGGCCGUGGCGGCUGUCGCGCCACACUCCACCCCCCCAGCAGCCAGUGCGGCAGCAGCUGCGACGGCUACGGCACUGGAGCAGGCAGGCAUCGGCCCAGCCACAGCCAACCUGGCAGAGAAGGCCGAGGCCACAAUGCAGCGCGUGCUGCAGCAGGCUGAGGCGCACUUGGAGAAAACCUCCAGUUUUGGGCCAUCGACGCUGCUUGCUUUACAGUGUUUGGCGUCGGUCGGGCACGGCGGACCGACGCUGCAGGAGGUGGUGCUGUGCUGGGCGGCCUACCCCGCAGCUGUGCAGCAGAAGCUGCACGACGGUGUGGUGGUUUCCGUCAGAAACCAGUCGUGGCAGGGUCUCGAGGGCAAGCUGCACCGCGUGCUGCGCAACAGCGGCAUGCGAGCAGCAGAGGCGACCGUGCGUGGCGUGCAGGAAGCUGUGGGGCACUUCCUGGCGGCAGACAGGACCAGCUCCGGCAGCAUGCUGCGCCCGCUGGAUGCCCUGUCGCUGGUGGAGCUGUGCGGCCAUCGGCUGGAGGAGGUGGUGGAGGGCUGGGGCGGCUUUGAGCUGGGGCAACAGCAGACGAUCUUUGACGCGAUGCUGGUGGCCACUCACCAGGGCGCCUGGAAGGAGAUGGAGGGGCGGCUGCGUGUGGUUCUGGACAUCAUCCAUGCUGGCUCACACUAG